AUGUUGUCAAAACAUCAGCAAAUGGUCAGAGAUUAUGAGGUAACAACCAGACGCACCUUGGAACCAGCUUCAAAUCCCGGGCAGCCUCGAGAGGAUGAAGUGACUUUGUGGACGAGUGUUGCCAAUGAGCUGGCCUUUGAGUCGGGCACUCUGCAUGCGGAUCCCAGGUCUGAUGAGGAUUCGGAUGCUUUGGACUUGCUGAUUGUAGCGCGCAACGCGUCAUUGACCCUCUUCAAUCCUGCCGACGACGAGUCUUCAGAUUCCGAGCAUGAGAUGGAUUGGGAUGAUGUCCUGUUUGAAACCGUUCAUCAGCUUGGGCCGGGCAAUCUUGCGGAUCCUGUCGAUCGAAAUGCCAGAAGGAUCGCCGAAAGCUGGUAUCCUUUCAGGUCGCAGGGGUGGGAGGUUACGCAUCCGCAACUUGUUAAGAAUGGAGAUCACCCACAGUGA